AUGCCUUCCCAAGAGAGCAGUACUCUCCGCCGCAGAAACUUGGUGUCCGCGAUGCCUCUCCUCCCGCCUUUGUCGAGCUGCCGCCCGUCCUGCUACACUCCCAAGGCGCCGCUCGUCGCGGAGCUGGCCGCCUUUUACGAGAGCCUGCCCUCCACCAGCGGCCGUCGGGACCCCGAGUACGCGACGGGCAGGGUGUUUACGCCCAUGAUGCACGGGCUGCUGUUCAGCCUGAGCGAGCAGGCCCUGCUCGGGCUGGUAAAUGACCCUGAGCAGGCCGAGGAAGUUUGCAGAGCGGCCCAGGCGUUUGUCUCCAUGGGAAUGGCAGAAUCGAGUGUCGAGUCUAUGCUGGCCGCUGAUGACGCCGGAUUUGUCGCGAUGGGAUCGUCAUGGCUCCCAGAUGUCCCGAGAUCGACUAUUGUUUCAAUACUGGCCAACACGCGCGACAGAGGCAUCUGCGUCGUCUCUGGCAAGAUGCUCGGCGUCGAACAAGUCCCCAUCGUCCCGCGCUCGAUCCUCUCCAGCUCUGCCGCCCGAAAUCUCUUCCGCGCCGUCACCCCCAUCACGCAGCUUCUCCUCGGCGACGAGUUUGCCGCCAUGUUCGAGGUUCAGCUGCUCAACGCCCGCGGCGUCGCCGAGCGGCCCUGGAACUUCCUGACGCUCAACAGCUACCUGGGCGCCGUCUUCAGGGCCGGCCGUCUCGGCCUUUGUCCGUGCCGGAUCACCCGGGACGGCGGCGCGGGAGAAGGCUUUCGCGUGCACUUUUCCGUGCACUGGAUGCACAAAACCGUCGUGUCUGGCGAGGAGGCCGAGGCGUGCCGCGAGCCAGGCCUUUGCAGCAUCAACGCCAUGCUCUUUCAGUGUCGGACCGAGGAGCGCGAGAGUAUCUGCGAGUUUGACGUGACCGGGAAGCAGAUCAAAGAGGGCCAUUGUUUUUUCGUAGAUGUGUCGACGGCCGCGGACGCCAUUGGCAUGCAUGACAUGCUCGCCUUUCGAUGGACCGUCGGCGUCGUCUUCUGCCUGGGGGGCAUGUGCGAUGCGUUCCCAAUGUAG